GCGCGCGCGGUGGAAGGCGACGCGUCGGGGAACGAUGCGCGACGACGGCGGGAUGCGAGUCGGCGGCUCGCAGGCUGACGAGGGAACCUCGCUGCUGAUCAACUCGGCCGGGUCGAGCGGAUCGGUCAACGGCGCGAAGUGGGACAGGAGGCUGGCGCGUUGGGCGCGCAAGGAUCUCAGCGCCCGCGUCCUCCUCGCCGUGGUGCUCGGGAUGCUCGGCCUGGCGUCCUCGUCGAUGCUGGUCACCGUGGAGUCCGCGGACGACGGCGGCAUUCGACACAGCUGGAUCCAGAACCUCGCGAUGCACGGGGAUCCGCACGUCGCGGUGCACGUGGCGGGGGACGUCGCCAACAGCAUCGCGAAGCUGAGCGAGCCGCGCCUGGUGGACGUGCUCUCGUCUGAGUUCAGCGAAGCCAUGGAGGGGAGGCACGUCAAGGCACUCCGGGAGAAGUGGGCGCGAGGCGAGACGGACGGAGAUGACCGUCGGGUAGACAUGAAGUGGAUCGAGGUUCCUCGAUCGGAGGCGAGGGCAUCGCGCGAGGCGGCGAGGGCGCGCGCGGAGGACGUGUUCGCAUCGCGCUUCGGUGCGCAACACGCGUGGGCCGCGGCCGAUCGAGCCUCCGCGCGCGUCAGCGCCUCGGGAGCGUCGUGAGCGCCAUCGGCCGACAUUAGACCUUAUCAUCAGGCCCCCGGGGACACACGUGCGGAUUCACGAGGCUCACAGCGGAGGGGAUACGACAUAGCUAGACGACGAGAGACGACGCGCCUCGCUCCUACCCGCAGGGGGGUCGGUUCUCGCAAACAUUUAAACAUAUUAUUCAACAGCCGGUCGCCGCU